UGCCUGCGGCUGGAGCCCCCGCGAGUUUUCCCCGGGGGCCCUCGCCUCGCUCCGCCUCCUCCCUGUCCCCAGGUCCUAGCCUCCCCCGCCCUUGUCCACAUGCACACAGGCUGUUCCUCCGGGAGUGCAUGCCCUGCCAGGGACGAACGAUAGCUGCAGGCGGUGCUCUCCUCCAGCACCCCCGAAUAGUGGGCUGGCGAAGGCACCGUAUAAUUAGCAGGCCAUGGAAAAUGGGAGACGGACCAGGAGUUGAAAUUUAUACAGUAACUUUUGGGAUGGACCGGUAUGAAGAUAUGUCAGAGGGUGAAGUGGACCACUCUUUCUUUGAUAGUGAUUUUGAGGAAGAGCCAAAGAAAGAAGAAAACCCUGUUGUAGCCAGUGGCGAAGAACAUAGUGAGCUCAUAGAAAAAGGAGGUAUACGCAUCGCCAAAUCAGACUCAGAAUCAGAAACAAAACUGAAGCAAGAACACAGUGCUGAGAAUGAAAGUGAAGAGAAAAAGAGAGAGUCACCAAAGGAACAUUCCAUAAAUGGUGGCACUGACCAUAGUGGGAAUGCUUCAUCACAGUCAGUUUCUUUAAGUUCAGAAAAUGCAAGUACGUCUGGUAGAAAUUCUGCGCUCAGUAGAAGAAUAUGUGUAAAUAUUCCAGCUGGGAUCCCCAAAAUAGUUAGAGAAGGUGAGGAGGAUUAUUAUACAGAUGAAGAAGACAGUAGUGAUGAUGGCAGAAAACAAAGGGUUAGACCUAAAUCAGUUAAGCAAUCCAGUAACAUAAAGAAAGUUAACAAAAAGUAUACCAAUAUUAGCUCAUCGUCAUCCUCUUCCUCCUCCUCAAGUUCAGAUACAGAUGGUUCAGAUAUGGAUUCUGAUAGCUGCAUAUCAGAUUCAUCACACUCUUCCUCAAAGAGAAGUAUAUGUAACGUGGCUCUUCUAUCUCCAAGACAAAAAUUCAGGCCAGGAAUAAAGUCAGUGGAAGUAAAACCAAAGCUUGGUGAAUACACAGAGGAGUCUGAAGAUACAGUGACUGAUGUAACACCUCUGUCAACACCAGACAUCAGUCCUAUCCAAUCUUUUGAACUUGCAGCAUCAAAUGAUAAGAAACUGAAAGUAAAAAGACAAGAAAAUGUGAGCCAAGAUUUACAGGAUGCUGAGUUUGAUCGCAGACAUAAUCAAAAGGUCUUGCAUGAUGCUGUGGACCUGAAUCAGCUUUUGAAAGCUUUUCUACAUUUGGAGAAAAAAGAACAGCAACAACUCGUCAUUGAUCAGCCUACUUCAGGGUCAAGGAAAAAUUACUCUUUCACAAAUGAAGAAGUAAGACAAAUUGAUCGGGAAAACCAAAGGCUCUUAAAAGAAUUGUCCAGACAAUCUGCAAAGCCAAGGAGCAAAAGUGCCACUCUGAAGAAACCUGCUGGCCUGCCACCUAAGUUGUACCAUAGUGCUCUCAACAGACAAAAGGAGCAGCAAAGGAUUGAAAGAGAGAAUCUGGCUCUUCUAAAGAGACUGGAAGCAGUGAAACCAACAGUUGGUAUGAGGCGUUCUGAACAGCUCAUGGACUAUCAGCGUCAUAUGGGUUAUCUAAAUUCUUCACCAUCCACAAGACGAGGAAAGUCUGCUCUAAGCCAGCUUAGCUCUUCAAGAGGAGCUUCAAGAGCAUCUAGUGCAUCCGGUACAGUCAGUCAGAGGACUGAGAGACCAGUUUCUGAUGCAUCUAGUGGGGCGUUACGGAGACCAAAGCCCACUAAUGUUCAUGCUGCUUGGUUAUAAAUUGUUUGUACUUUGCCCAGAGUUCUUACCUGAUCGCCAGACUUAUAUUUCUAUUGCUUUUGUAGAUUAUCUCUGUGCAAGAAUAUUGUCAUCGUUGUUUGCUGAUUAAAGUGCACUGCUGUGUGGUGUAAUUUCUUGUAAAUUGGUUUUAAAUGGACAAUUUCACUUUAAUCAGUGUUUCCUGAGAGAGGAUGUAUUUAUAAAAGAGAGAGGUGAAAAUUGAAAUAGCAAAUUAUUUUUAUUUGCAAAGCACAAAUGAAGUUCACACUUGUGAAGGAUGGAAAUGCUGCGCUUUGGUUCCAAGAUGUAAAAAUUUAAGUUUUUAAUUAAAUCUUUAACUUGCAAUAAACUUUCAAGUAUGUGCUUAGUUUGUAAACAGUCCUCAUUUUUCAUCCUUGUUUGAUCUUUAGAACUUCUAGAUCAUGCAAUAAUGGUUCAAAGUGUUUUCUUUUUAUUACAGUUUGUGGAAAUGUUUUUGAUGAAAAGUAGAUCUAUAUGUUUUGUUUUUCUUAUUCAUGCAGGAAGAGAGUAUAUAAACAUUUGAUUGUUGUGCAGAAUAGUGGAGGAAAUCUACCUUGUAGCAGCAACAAAGCCAUUCUGGUUGCACAGCAGUAGCACUUCCUGCAUCCUCAAUUUUUUAGCUCACUCACAUGAAAGGAAGUGUCUUGUUCUGCAACUAUUGCAGAGCAUUCUAGCUGAAUAAAGAAGUGGUGUUCAUUCUGGGUCAGAGAUGAUGUGUUUUCCUGACUUACAGACCUACACACAAGGAAAAAAGAACCUGCUGUACUGGGGGUGGAAAUAUUUGUUGGAUAGGAGAAUAAAUGUGAAGUGAAAUUCUAAUGUGAGGUCCAAUAAAAACAGAAAAUUCAACUAUUCCCCAAACUGGGUUAAUAGCCUUUACCUUUAGUGAUGGCACUACUUGCAGACCUCUGCCCUGGCUCACUGGUGGGAACAGAUGGAGCUGUGGGACACAAAUUUAGUAGUAUAACAUUCAAGUUUUGAGAGAUACUAUCAACCAGGAUGAGAAAAGAGGACAAAGUAGAAUAUAUAAGGAUAAAUCUGAAGUUUUGCAUCUUUAACUUAACAUUAAAAAUAUGUUUUAUACUAGAUCUCUUAAGUGGUUUCAGAACAACCUUAGCACCAGUUUCCAGUUCUAUAAAAAUCUUACAUUUAUUAUGUAAAUAGUAACUGAAGGCAGUAUGUGAUGUAGUUUAUUUCCAUAUCUAAACUGCAGCAGGCAUCUUGGUCACUGGCCGCAGGAUUUUCUUUCAUAAAGAGCAUGAAUUAUGAUCUGCUAUCCAUAGUUACUACUGUACUUCUGCUUGUUGUCUUGCUUCCCUUAUGGCAGAACUAUCGGGUGGUCUUUCUAUUAAACUUAAAGAAAAAGCUUUGUAAAAUAGUAUCGAGACCUAGACCUACAAAAGUCAGAUCCAUUUUCUCCCACCGUGUUUAGCACAAUGGCAUAAGUUUUUGAAUAUUUAAUAUUGUGAUACACUUGGCACACAGGAUCAUCUAGUUUCUUUGGUCCUCUCUGAUAACUUGACAGAAUUGUAUGAGUUAAAGAAGUUUUACCUCUGAACCUGCUGACUUUUGUGAAUUAAAUUUUUAUAUGCUUGACAAUGUUUUAACAGUUUUUUAACUUUAAACAGUAGUACGGAAAAAAGCUAUAAUUGAAAUUAUUCUUUCAUUGUUACUGUAAUGUGUUCUUUUAAUAGUAUUGCUGUAAUUAUUUGUAUAACUGUGCUGAUUAAAAUUAUUCACCAUUUAAAGUCUUUGUUUUUGAAUGAGAGACAGUUAAACUACAAUAUCAAGGUUACACUAAGCACUUUUGAGUGUUCCUAUAGCAAUUCUUUUUUCUGAAGAAACUUACAAAAAAUGGGCUUAGUUUUAAUCAUCCCAGCUGCUUAGAUUUAAUUUGGUAUGGGGAAUUUGUCAGUUUUGUAUGUCACUCCUUUCGUAAAUUGUAAGAAGUAAAAUAUUUAACAUGAAUUAUAUGUAUGUUCAUCACAUUGCAUAAGCUUCUUAAAGCAUUUUGUUAGUUUAUUAUCUAGCAACUGUAAAGGACACUGAGAGAAAUUGGUUGGCUGUUUAUCACAGUUUAGCUAGUGAAACAGGAGUGCAAAAAUGCAUCAAAUGUGAGCUUUGUGAUUCUUUCUUUCACUGGUGGAUGAUUGUUUUUAAAACCAGGUUUAUUGGCAGGUCCUGGGUAAUAGUCUGUCAGGUAGUUUAAAUGUAAUUCCCUUUUUAUCCUAAAGGGAAUUUUUCCUCAUGAUGGCCACUUAGUAGUACCUCUCCAUAUAACUUCCCUUCAUUCAUUGAUGAAGGAAACCAUAUGUUCUGCUUAGACUUCUCUGAGAUUAUGGAUUUUUUUUAAACUUGAAAUAUUCAGCUAUGACCCGGACAUCUUGUCCUGGAUCAUUGGUUGAAAAUCCUUUUGCCUUUGGAUAUUUAUAGUAAUAGUCCCACUUCAAACUUUCACCUCAUUUUCAGUGUUCUUUACUAGAUAGUCUUUCACUUAUCUCCUCAGAAAAUCUUCCAUUUUCCUUGUGGAAGAAAGCUGUUUUUUCUCUCAAAGCAGAUUCUUUCCCUAUUCCUUUUAAUAAUGUGAGAAACCACUUGCCAAACAUUUCCUGUCUUGUUCUCAAAGUAUGAAUUAAAGGUAAAGUGCCUGAGA